CUUGUAUAUUUCUCCUCGAUAAUAGACACUUGGUGAUUCUGUUCAACAGAGCUGAGAACGUCAGUUGACGAUUGUCUGCGGGUCUCUUACUUCAUUGCAAAUAUCAAAUUACAGGAUCACAUCUAGUAUCUACAACGCACCUUUCCAUCCCUUUAAUUCAUUGUUUGCGUGGGAAAGAAAUUCAAAUAAUGGCUUUGCCGACCACAACUCCUCAAUUUUUUUUCAUUUUCCUCCAUUCCACUCUUCGUCAUCAUCCAUCUCAAUUCCUUCUCCUUUUUACUCGACCAUCUUCCAUUCAAUACCACAAUCGCAAAUAACAUACAACUAAUGACCAUGACAUCGGCCAAGGAAAAACUCCAGGCAUUCCGUCUUGUCGGCUCGGAUAGAUCAUCAACCCCACUGUCAGAUACUCAAUACAUUGAGGCUCGAUUUGACCAAAAAGAACAACAGUACAUCAUCCUCUGGUGGGACAUUGUAAACGUUUACAAAGAUACAAUUUGUAUAAAGAAAGGGGAAUUAAUUUUAUCAUUCCUCGUGGAUGGCGAAUUUGAAUACGUCAAGCCACUCCGAAUCCGCGCAGAUUUUGAUGCCAUCCUGGAUGUUGUCAUCCCCUUCCGUGCAAACAAUCCAAAGAAGCCAGACUCAGAUUCAACAAUAACUCAAUGGGGAAUAAAAGAAGAACCAGCUGCAGCAGAGUUGAAUGAAACAACUGCCCUUGGCUCUGUGAACCUAGGUAAUAGCGGUGACCGCAAAAGCCUCAAGGCAGAUAACGCAGUCCCUUCAACAGAAACUAGGCUUCAUUCAGAGAAUAUUCCAAGUUAUGAAGCUACAAUUUCGACAGAUUCGACUAUUGAAGAGAGCGCAGAGUUGAUGCCAGCGCCGCUUGCUGGGGAGGUCCAGUUGGGAAAGGCAGUCAAAGGAGAUGCCACUGAUGAAGCCAAUCUAAACCUUAUCCUCAAAGUCAAUGGAAAUUCACAGGAUCAUUCAAGAGCCUUUGACUGGUUUUUCAAGAGAGCUUCCUCAGGGACUUCUUAUGGUGCAUAUAAUACUGUAGGUUACAUGUACUAUCAUGGCAUAGGGGUCUCACAGAACUAUUCAAGCGCCCUAAACUGGUUUAACAAGGCAGUCAACCAAGGAGAUAGUAUUAGCCAGAGUAAUCUAGGCUGCAUGUACUAUCAUGGCGUAGGGGUUUCACAGGACUAUUCGAAAGCCUAUGACUGGUAUCUCAAGGCAGCCAACCUAGAAAAUGCCAUUGCUCAGAUCAAUCUAGGUUGGAUGUACUUUUAUGGGAAAGGAGUUGAGCAAGACUAUUCAAAAGCCUUUGAUCGGUGCCUCAAGCCAGCCAACCAAGGAAAUACCAGAGCUCAGAGUAGUUUAGGCUACAUGUACCUUGAGGCCAAGGGAGACUCACAGGAUUAUUCAAAAGCCACCUAUUGGCUUCUCAAGGCGGCCAACCAAGGAAAUGCCAAUGCUCAGAGUAAUCUAGGCUACAUGUACUCUCGUGGCAAAGGGGUUCCAAAGAAUUAUCCGAGAGCCAUCGACUGGUAUCUUAAAGCAGCCAACCAAGGAAAUGUUACCGCUCAAUGCAAUCUAGGCUAUGUGUACUAUCAUGGCAUAGGAACUUCACAGGACCAUUCGAAAGCCUUUGACUGGUAUACCAAGGCAGCCGAUCAAGGAUGUCCCGAUGCUCAGCGUGCUAUUGGUUCUAUGUAUCGAGCUGGAAAAGGUAUUCCUGAAGAUCAAGUUGAAACAGAGCAAUAAUAUCAAAAAAGUCGCAGACCCAAGCAAAAGUUGGACUAGCUCGACCGUUGACGGCUCUUCAAUAUAUUAAUCUGAAGGGCUUUUAAGUACAUAUUUGAGAUUCAAUGCCUAUUAUUUGUCUCUGCAAUUAAAUGAUCAUUGCAAAC